CGGAGACAUAGCCGGGUACGACGAGGCUCUGCAAGCUGCUGUGCAGUAUAAAGUGACACAUAUUCCUCAAUAACGUAGACCUUAACCCCUCAUCAUCUUAUAGUAUAAAUCCUCCAUUUCACCAAUUUCAAAAUGACCUCUGUACCCGGGCUUCCUGAUCGCUAUGAGAUCCGCACGCUGACUGCUGAGCACCAGGAGUGGACAACCGCCCUGCUCGCUCACACCAACAUGUUUCACUCACACGUCUGGCCUGUCGUCUACCCCGACGGCCUCAUCGCGCGCCUCUUCGAGCUCCUCCCCAAAUUGAACUACCUCGUCGAGCAUCAGAUCCAGUCGGGGCUCUCCAUCGGUGUCUUUGACAAGGAGUAUGAGUACAAGACGGCUGAGGGCAAGGCUGCCGGUGGCGCUCUUCUGUGGGAUAAGACGAACCUUGACGUUGAUGUCCAAGGCAAGACUCUGCUGGACCAGAUGGACUUUCCACUGGUCUCUGUCGCCUUAUCGUAUGAUAACGUCAACCACCUCGACGUAGCAAAGGUCGGCGAACUUGUCGGCAUUAUUCCCCUGUUUGGCACCGUCUACCAUGUUCUUGGUGAGCUCGACCCACGAGACCCGGCAUCCUGGGAGGGCAAGAAGGAGGGCGAGGUCUUGUCGCGCAAUGGAACCAGCACGCGUCAUGAUUAUGAGGGUAAGGGAAUCAUGGGAGCGGCUGCGCGAUGGCUUAUGGCGGACGCUGCCAAGAAGGGAUUCCGUGGUAUUCAGAUUGAAUGCAUCAGUGAUGCCGUCGAUCAUGUCUGGGCAAAUGCUCCUGCGCCGUUCAAGUCCACUACCAUCAGCGAGUUCAGUACGGAGACUUAUAAGGAAGAGGUGGACGGCAAGAAGGUCCUUCCGUUUGCUCCAUCCAAGCAGCGAAUCACCAAGGUAUGGGUAGAUUUAAAGUAAGAAGCAUUUCUCUAGAUUCAUAUUGUAUUCACAUUUCAUUUGAAAGCCAUUUAAUGGUGGGUUAAUCCACAUCCUUCUUCUAUUGAUACGCCGGUAGCCAACAAGUUAGUAGGUGAAUGAGCUAAGGUCAGCGACCAGUGGCUGUUCCGUGCAUUCCGCCUUGCAUAUAUUUUCCCUUAUGCACCCGUCCAGCGCGGUAAAUGGAGAGAGUUGACAGAGACACCGAGUUGCCCAGGUCAUUGAUUCCAUCUCAAGAUAGAGAGGGCAGUAAGCUAGUGACUGUGAAUAUAUGUAUACAAAGGCGACAGACUUGGGCCGUAUGCGUCUGAUUCCAACGUUCGCGACGGCCAAAGGAUACGGCCGUCCGGAGCAACAAGUUGACUUAAAUGACUCCGUUCGUUUGUCCAUACCUUGGCCCCUAUGUCAAUAGACCUUUCGCUUCGUUUCGCGUUGUAAUCUAAACCCAAAAUUUCUCUUUCUAAUUCAAUGUCCCAUUGUCCUCGCCCACCUCCCCACGAGUGAAAUGGCCAUUGGGAGUAUAUAAAGACGUCCUUUAACGAGGUAAGUUCUUUUAAACGCAUUGCAAGGCUUUUAUGGGUUUCCCGUAGCGGAAAGUAAGCAUCAAUCACCCUGUAGAAAUUCAUGUAUAAAGUUAGCCGAAGAUUUCUGGUGUUGAACCGCGUUUUUAUCUGCGAUAUGAUACUGUCCCAUUUUUCAUGGGCAUCCUCUUGAUUUGUGGAAGGUAGUGAUAUCGCGAUCCCUAAGGAGCAAAUUUGCGACGUCGCUAUUGGUGUCAAACUUUCCAACAUGUCUGCCACAGCUGGAAAUGGUUCUCUACAAAGGUGUAGGUCAUCAAGCCUGCCGCCCUUUGGAAGAAGAACAAAGUGAUUGCGGCGAUAAAAUAUUGUUUGAGCAAUCUUGUGUACUUGAUGGCUGACAAGAAAGAUGUUAAGGGGCAGCCUCCAGCAAGUGCAUGUCGGAGAAGACCCUCCGUGAUAUGCGGUGCAAGCGCACGAGUCCAAAGCCUGUGUGCAUGUUGUGCAGCAGUCAAAUGGGACUAAGCCUCUAUACUUGCACCACUCCAAAUCGAAUGGGGCAACAAGCUCCGAGUAUUCUAAAAUUAAAGUGAUGACUUCUACCGGAAGAUGGUAUGAGCGCGGUGGUGGCGGUUGUAUGGCUUUGUUAUUGAAUAGUUCCUGGGAAGUAAGAUGUCGCACUAGCUGUUGGCACAGUAUAGAGUGGUUCCAACUCCGGUUCUGGCUCAAGCGGACAGAAGAAGAACGUAGAUUGUGUAGAGGCAGCAGGUGACUUGCAACUUCUUGUGCGGUGGCUAUGUCUUUGGUAUCACAGAUCAAGUCUAGGUUUAGUAGCCUCAGAUUGCAUUGCGCCGCUACCUUGGUGACUACACACUCCAAGUCAUUGAAAACAAUGGCAUGUUGUCUCGCUUGGAGUUGGAGUGGUCGAUCAUGGAAACCAGAUUCCUCACAAUCAGGGUGGCAAGAAAAUAGACCGUACUUGCGAGGACCCUGUAAGUGACGUAGCUCCUCAAACAAUCCACCAUACAUCCGUUUGCCGUAGAUGCACUCGCAGCUGUUGAAUCGAAUCGUCAGACGACGAAUAUUCCGCAGAGCACUGUUAGACAGCUGUUGUAGCGGUUUCAGCCCCCAGACAUCACUCCUCCCGACGGUAAACGAGUUUUCCGAGUAGAGAAUCUCCAAGACCCCUUCUGAUAUUUCUCGAGAUACAUACAAGAGGCUGGCUGGUAGGGGCGGACAUAUACAUGCUGUUACAAUUCCUUCCAAUGGGCCAUGGCCAGAGCAUGUUCUGUAUUCAAACACACAAGCAUAUGGUUUGGAUGCAAAGACGUCGUCAUCGCUCAAGAAAGGCGACCUGGUAGGCCAUUGAAUAUAGUGCCCCAAUCGCGUAAAGCUCUUCAUUGUGUGAGCUUCUCGCUGUUUAUUGAGAAGAUGACGCGAUCGCGGCCCUUCUUGGUUCAUAUUGAUGGGGCAUAGUCGAACGAGACCAGCGAGAACAUAGAUACGAUGACGCACAGAGUACGGUAAACUCAGGAAUGAUGUACCUGUCCGCUGAGCGGUAGGCGGGUUGCGGUGCCAGUAGAAGUCCAGCUUACGCUGUACCAUAAUUUAUGCGUUAUGGCUCAGAA